AUGUCAUCUGUUCCGACGACUUCAUCGGCUCCAGUGACGCCUUCAGCUCCAGCAGCAGCAGCAUCGGCUGACGAUAGCCUCCGACGAUCGAAACGUCGAAAGUUCACACUUGACGUCGUCGCCGCCGCCCAUGGAAACAAUCAGAAGCGUCGGAAGCGCGACUACGGCGAAGUCGCAGAUUCCGACGACGAUGCCUACGACGAUUUGGAUGAUUCAGAAGCGGGAGGCGGAGCAUAUGCGGAGCAGUUGAAUGUGGAAACUGGUGGAGGAGCAGGAUCGGAUGGUAGACGGCGUAGCAGAAGGAGUACGGCCGUGUUUCACGGAUAUCAACAGGAUACUUAUGAUAAUUGGGUGGAGAUUGAUCGGCCUAGAAACCCAAAAAUCAUCAAAAAUGGGCGGAGUCUAAAACCCCGAAAAAAGAAAUUCCAGAUGAGCGGUCCAUUCGCGUGUCACAAGUGUCCAUCGCGCUACGAAUCCAAGUCCAGCCUAGCCAACCACAGCGGAAGGAGUUUAAGUUUCGGUGUGCUGAGUCCCCAGAUUUCACCAGUGACGACUGCUGGAGCAAUUCCGGCCCCUGACGCUGCGUCUGCCGGCUCUCCGGCUUCAGAUUCUUCGGAUUCGGCGCCAGCACCUGAGGCCCAGAACACCUCGAUGGACUCGUCAACGUCCACAGCGUCUCUGGUGGCUCCAGAUUUGUCUGUGGAGCCACUGCCGGAAGCACCUGAAGGUCACGAUGAUGAUGGUGAUGAGGCAGCACCACUUCUGGAUGCUGAGAAUCCAGAAGACGAGGAGGAUGAAGACGAUGGGCCGCCGGUUUUGGAGCGGGAAGAUGAGCAGAGGGAAGUGGAUCAGGAGAGAGAGGUCUCCGAGUCUCCAGACCAUCUUGCAGUUCGCAAAUCGGGAAGAACCUCAAAGCCAACACAAAAGAAGCUGGAGGAGAAGAAGCCACGCAAGUAUACGAAGCAGCAGCAGAAGACGUUGCCGAUUCUGGAUGCGUUGCCGCCGGUUUUGGAUGACACCACAGCUUCCGGAAGGCUUCAAGAAGACACACCAUCACCACGUGGAUCUCUUCCAACGACAUCUGCACCAUCGUCGGUGACACCACCACCAGUAGUUCAGAAGCAGACACCUCCGGUCGUUCAGAAGGAGACAUCGAAGCGCGGCGUCCCAUGCUCCAAAUGCCCGUACACUUGCUCAUCGGUCACACGUCUUCAGAGACACUUCCGUGGACACACUCUAGAUGAGGGAUACAUUUGUCCAGAGCCCGAAUGUCAUUUCAUGUGUCGAAAGAGGGGAUUCAUUGCUAAGCACUACAUUCUUCACUCGAAACCUUUGCUAGGACAACCGAAGUUCUGUCGGAAAGUAAUCAAUAAAAAGAAUGGAAAGGUGACGAUUGAAGAGGUGGAGGAUCCAAAUCAUCCGAGUACUGGUGAAGAGCCGGAGGAUCUGGACACAUCGGUUGAAGACGUGACGAUGGAGGAGGAAGAGGCGCCACCGAAGCUCGAGGUGGAGGAGAAGCCAAAGAAGAGGAAGUACGAGAAGAAGUCACCGGAGCAGAAGCGUCUGGAGAAGGAGAAGAAGGAGCAGAAGGAGUUGAAGAAGUUGAAUAAGAUGAAGGCGUCGGAGAAGAUGCCGGAGCUUCAAAUCGAGAAGGUUGAGGAGGAAUCAGAAGACGUGCCGGAAGAGAAGAUGCCUUUGAUUCCACUGACGUCGAAAGCGAGAGUUGGGUUGAUCGCUAAGGCUCAAAUCAAAUCUCACAAGACCCGGAUCAUUGACGGUGUCCCACACAAGCAGUGCAACAUUGGAGAAUGCGAUUUUUUGACGACGUCGAUCACUCAGUUGAUUUUCCAUAAGACCAAUAAGCAUGGAGCGAAAAAGGCCUUCCCAUUCCAUCGUUUCCUUUGCUCCACUUGCGGCUACCGUACCACCAAUUUCGGUGCUCUUCGUGCUCACAAAAUGACCAACCACCUCACGGCUCCAAAUCGAUUCCAUCGAACGUUCUAUCUCAAAGAAGCCAUUGGCGAUAAGUUCUACAUCAAGUAUUUCACGGGAAUCGGUGCGACUCCACCUCCUCCUCCGUUGCUUGUUCUCGACGACUCCCAACCGUCAUCGUCAAACGCUGUGGCUGUGACAGCGCCAAUGAAAUUUCCUCACGGUAAGAGUGCCUCUGAAUUCACAGCACAACCAAAAAAGAGAUUUUCAGUGCCAGUCGUGGCACCGACGAUGCGCCAGAUGCUGUUCUUCGCUCAGCAGGACGAAGACGUCGACGAUGAGCCGUUUGAUUCGAUUUUCCGCCCCGAAGCCCUAGCAAAUCUAACCCCAGAAGAGUUUGCCGCACUGAAAAUGGUGGAAUUCUGCUGCAACGUUUGCCCCUACCGUGCACCAUCGAUGAACCGUUGCCAGCGACACUACGCGAAGCACUUCACCAACGACCCGAUCAAAUGCAAAAUGUGCUCAUGGACGGCGCGAGGAGAGGAGGUGAUGAAGGCGCAUGAAGAGAUGCAUCGCGUGGAUUUGGCUGAAAAAGCGGCAAAGUUGGCGGCCGAGCAGCACGCGAUGAAGACAGACGAAGAGAAGGCGAAGCAUGUGGAACAUGAAGAGUUCAAGCAGACGGAUCUCUUCAAAUCCAUUCAUAAAUGGUGUCUGGCGGAGAAGGCGAAGCGACCGGAGCUCGGCGAGCCGUUCACUCGCAAAAUGAUUGACUCGAUUAAAGGAUUCGCGUGCACUGAUUGUCCGUACACAUCGAAGUAUCGUGGUGAUAUGAGAAGUCAUAAGAAGCGACACGAUAUAGAGCAAUCGUUUAGAUGUGUUCAAUGCACAUACACCACCAACCGUCCUGUUAGUCUUAAGGAUCAUAUGAAACAGCAUCUAGUGGUUAACAACUCGUUGGCUAAUGGAUCAGGAGCAACCCAUCCUAUCGUUGUCAAUCAAGGAAUCCCAAUUGGAACGCGUCGUGGAUUCGGCAAGGACCGCAUCUACAACUGCUCUCGUUGCCCUUACACCACAGUAUCCAUUGGAUGCCUCUGGCGUCAUGCUCGCUAUCAUCGUCGUGUGCCGAAGCACAGCAUCUGCUCGAACUGCACGUAUAGCUCGCUGGAUACCAAGAAAAUCGAGGAGCACAUUCUGGUCCAUCUGGCUAUGGGUGGCUCAACGGAACAGAUUCCAUUUGUGAAGCGAGUGGACCAUCAUGGGCGGCCGGUAUCGUCGCUAACUGAUUUGAACGGGGGGCCGGAUAACAAGGCUGGGGAGAGAAAGGUGCAGAAGAGGAAGUUGGAGAAGGCGGAGAAGCAAGAGAAGCAAGAGGUGAAGGUUCCAGAAGAGGAUCCAGAAUCGUUGGAAGAUGAAGAUGAAGAGGAUGACGAGGAUGAAGUGCCAAGAUCCUCCUCCAAACGACCAUCAAGAUAUAACAAGGUUAAGAAUGAGGAUAAGGAGUUCAGAAUCUACAACUCUCCAGCUCAAAAAAGACGUCGUACGUCGGUUGAACCAUCGCCGGAUCCCGAGCCGACGCGGCAGCUCUCAGAACGAGUCUCCAGGAAUAAGAUCAACUAUUCGCUGCUCUCAAAGAACGGGUCUGGAAAGGCGACGCCGUCGUCGAGCUCGUCGAAUCUGAUGAGGUUGGCUGAGAUGGAGGAGGAUGACGAGGGAAAGGAGGAUGGAGAAGCGACGAACGUUGUGAAGCCGAUGGAGGAGGACGAGGAUCCGAUGGAUAUUGGACACUGGAAGAUUCGCAAUUUGCUCAGAGACGAAUUUGGUGUUGAUGCACCAAUCAAAUGCCCCGACUGUCCAUUCGAAUCGCCGGACGCGAAGAUUCUCGAAAACCACCGAUUCUUCCACUCGCCGAACGGACCGACACGCCCAUUCGUUUGCUCGGAGUGCACAUUUAACACGAUCACGCCAACGGCUCUAAUUCAACACUUGAAAGUGCACAACGACGGAAAUGACGAGGACAUGCGGCACGCGAAGAAUCCACGUCUUCAGAAGCAUCAACGGAAGGGAGACACUAUUCCGCACGGUGUGAAAGGGUACAGCUGUACGAGUUGCUCGUUCAAGACGACCACGGAGCACAAGCUGAAAGAGCACACGGCGAUUCAUCGCGUUCAUUUGAUCAAUCGAAUUCGCGUCUCGAUGAAGCGACAACCGCCGAAAGCCGAGUAUCAACGGCCGAAAAUGAAGCAUUUGAUGGUGGCGAAGAAUGCGAAGCACUGCAAAAAGUGCACGUUCAAGUGUGUCACUCAGAGCGUCUUCAUCGAGCAUUUGGAUCGUCACGGAUGGAAUCAACUGUACAAAUGCAAGAUUUGCGACUAUUCGGACGCGUGCAAGUCGGUCGUCGACUUCCACCAAAUGCACCAUCACUCGGUCAAGGAUCAAACGCUUCGCGGCAUUAUUCAAGCGACGAAGAUUCGCAUCGAGCACGGACACAUUCAGAAUCCGGAGAACGCCGAUGCGGCUCCAACGCCCGAGGAGAUUGUCAAACGAUCUGGCUCCAUCAUCAAGUGCCCAUUGUGUGAAUACGUCUCGCACGAAGGCUCCCAGCUGGCAUUUCACAUGACUGUUGAGCACCUCAAUGAGCCGAAUGCCGAGGAGACGAUCUCGUUUUUGAGCAUGGGCAUUAUGCCGCCAAGAACCACCGUCGUGGCGGUUUAA